AUGGCCGAGGCUCUGGAGGCGGAGAGGCCUGAGGGUGCGUUUCGCUCCUUCUCGCUCUCGCUCUCGCUAUACGUGGAGGAGAGGAGAGAGGCGAAUGGUCUCCGUCACGGUGACUUUCUGCGAUACAGAAGGUACUGCUCUGCGCGCCUCGACCGGCUGCGCGCGAGCCUCGAGCUUCGACAGGGCAGAAACCGCUUCCAACAGAAGAAACUCCCCGUCGUGAUUCGCGAUGAAAGAGUUCUUCUCCUCGUCCUCACGCAAGCUGAACGCGCGUGGAGCUACGCCAUGCAACUCAAGGGUGAAAAUGCCGCAUCAGCUGUCGUGAAUCUGCGGGUGCGUCGCCACUGCAUUCGCCGUCUCUCGAAGGCUCUGUUGUAUGCCCGGCUUCUGGAGAAUUUGUGCCACAGCGAGACGCCCUGCAUGCAGAGUCCGCCGCCUCCGGUGUCGGAUUCGAAGGCGGCGAAGGGUGCGUCCGGGAAGAAGGAAGAAACGAAGUCUUCCGGAAAGAAACCUCAGGCGGAAGAGGCUCACGCGCUGCUGCGUCAACCACACGCUCUGCCGGCGGAGGAAGUCGCCGCGUACUUCCUGAGCCUCGGCUGCGAGUGUGUGUCUCUCUGCGACGAGAAGACUAAGCUGGAGUCGCGGGCGUACCGCCUGAGCAUCCUUGCGGCGCUCGAGCAGGAACAGGAAAACUGGGAGGCCGCGCGCGAGACGCUCGAGGAGCUGCGCCAGGUGUACAUACACCUCAAGCGGGUCUCCUCGACGCAUGAGAGGGAGACGGCGCUCUUCAAGACUUUGCUGGCGCGCACAGAGCCGGAGCUUCGGCUCUGCGCCUUCCACUCUGGGGGAGUGGCGUCGCUCGCAAAGGCCGGACUCGCGGGCAGCGAUCGCGGCGAGAAGACGUCCGGCGAGAAGCGCAUGCAAAGCUCCUGCCCGGCUCUCGUCGUCUGGCGGGGCGACGAGGUUUUUGUCGAGGCGGAAAAGCCGAGAAAAGGAGUUCUGGGAGCCCUGUCGCUCGUCGAGGAAGUGCAGCUCCUGAAGACGGAGGCGCUCACCACCCUUGCGCAUGCAGACAGCGCGUUCGAGGACUCCACGCUGGCGGAGCGGCUCGAAGCGCUCUCGCAGGAAGACGCCGAACGCCUCGUCGAAAGAUACGGAGACCUCAGCAGCCGCUUCCGCCUGUGCGUCGACCUCAUCCACGCCGAAAUGCUUAAACAUCCUGACGUUCCUUCGUGGUAUCUCGCAGAAGGGUACUGUCUUGACAUUUCGCGCUGUCUGGAGGUCGAGAGAGACAUCUUGUUGCUGCUGCGUUUCUUCCUCAAUCUCCGACGCAGCGACGAAAAAUCGCCGGGUCCUUGGCAGCACAAACAUCAGAACCUCAGGGGGGAUGCAGGCGUCCGCUACGCUUCUCUUCUGCAGCAAGGGAUCGGGAAGAUGAUGGAGGAGGAGAACCUCGACCAGAGUCGGAAGCUGCGCAUGCAGCAGUGGAUGAAAAUCGCGAAGGACAGCAGAGCUCUCUGCCUCGCCGUCUUCGACGCCUCCGUCGGCAAACUCCCUGAAGCCUACGUUCUCGCCGCGGCUGUAUCUUCGCGGUCGAAGACCCUCGUCCCCCAACCGCAGGUGAUGCCGGUCGACGACCCUCAGGGCCGCCUAGACAUCUUCUUCAUCGCGCUGCAGCGCGUCGUCGCCGAGCUGGCGCGCCGCUUCGAGGCUCGAAACCUCGCCGCGAUCGUCAGAGAGGACCUGAAAGCGGCGGGAUGUCCUGACGAAGAUGCUUCAGCGCCGCUCUUAGCCUUGCCCCAGCGAAGCGGCAAGAAAGGCAACGCCGCGCAGAGUUCGAAAGGCGAAGGAAGCCGAGAGAUGCUCUCAGUCGCUGCGCAGUAUGUCCUCCCGCGUCUGGAACCGCUGCCUUGCAAGCCCAUACUCUUCGAUUUGGCGCUCGCGUCCUACGGACGGCCUGACUUGAAGGCUCGAACGGAAGGCGGCGGCAAGCGCGGUGCGCUUCGCGGACUUGUCAAGUCUCUCUUCGGCAGGUGAAGAAAGGAGACGGCCGCAGAGAAGCAAAAAG